AUGGAUUACGGAAGUAUCCUUGAGGAGCGGACAAGUCCCGUUGUGUUGAUGAACGCUCGUGAGCAGUACAUGCGUCAAUGCGCCCGUGGAGACCCAAGUGCCGCAUCGACAUUUGCCUUUGCCCACGCCAUGAUUGGAUCCAAAAACAAACUGGACGUCAAAGAAGGAAUCGUGUGUCUCGAGAAGCUUCUCCGUGACGACGAUGACAGAACCAGCAAACGACACUACGUGUACUACUUGGCUGUUGCUCAUGCUCGACUGAAACACUAUGAUAUCUCUUUGGGAUAUAUCGAUGUGCUGCUGGAAGCGGAGGAAGGUAACGACCAAGCAAAAAGAUUGAAAGAGGAUAUCAAAUCGGCGAUGACUCAUGACGGACUUAUUGGAGCAGCGAUCGUCGGCGGAGGAGCUCUCGCGUUGGCUGGCCUCGUCGCCAUUUUUUCCUUGAGCAGAAAAUAA